UCGAGACUUACUUUCAAUGCAUACUUAGUUUCAACUGGGGAAUCAACACAAGCAAAAGCAAUUUUUCCGUGUCUUGACAUCUAGCUUCCUAUUGGCUGACAACGGGUCAGCUGACUUUGUCAUUUUGUCUGUCCUGGAGUGGAGCCGUCCCUAUAACAAUCUAGUUCAGACUACAAACUGGAGACAGAAAUAAAUAUUAAAGAAAUCAUACAAGCCAGGUAUAGGGGGGAAGCGAUGAAUUCCUAUUUCACAAACCCGUCGCUCUCUUGCCACCUCACCAGUGGUCAAGAGGUGCUGCCCAACGUGGCGCUCAAUUCCACUGCCUAUGACCCAGUAAGGCAUUUUUCAACUUAUGGAGCAGCGGUUGCUCAAAACAGGAUCUAUUCAUCUCCUUUCUACUCACCGCAAGAUAAUGUUGUGUUUAGCUCCAGUCGGGGACCCUAUGAUUACGGAUCUAACGCUUUCUACCAAGAAAAAGACAUGCUUUCUAGCUGCAGGCAAAAUUCUAUGGGACACAAUACACAAACUUCCAUUGCACAGGAUUUUACAAGUGACCAAAACAGGAGCACGUCCCAGGAACAGAAAACUAGCAUUCAGAUAUACCCGUGGAUGCAGCGCAUGAACUCCCACAGUGUUUGUGUGUUUUCCGAAUCCAUAGGGGUCGGCUAUGGGGCAGAUCGGAGGCGGGGGCGCCAGAUCUACUCCCGCUACCAGACCUUGGAGCUGGAGAAAGAGUUCCAUUUCAACCGCUACUUGACGCGACGGAGGCGGAUCGAGAUCGCCAACGCACUCUGCCUCACGGAACGCCAGAUCAAGAUCUGGUUCCAAAACAGGAGGAUGAAAUGGAAAAAAGAGAGCAACUUGAGUUCCACCCUGUCUGGGGGAGGUGGCGCUGGAGCCGCCGCCGAUAGCUUGGGCGCAAAGGAGGAGAAACGAGAAGAAACAGAGGAGGAAAAACCAAAGGAAUGAACACUGGCAGCUCCCUUUGCCCCAGCCUCUUCCCACCUUCCAGUCCCCAACAACACACACGAUCCCCCCUUGCUUUCUUUCUCCCCUUCUCCCUUUGACCUCCCCCUUUCCAAAAUGUGCUCCUAGCCUUCCUUUGCCUUCCUCUGUUACCACUGCACAUUGGGCCACAUUAUUAAAAGGAGAGAGACAGAGGGAGAAGGGAGGUGGGGAGAGAAAUGUGGAAAGGGUAGAGUUCCUCUUCCUCYAUCUCCCCUCCCCCCAUUUCCCCCACUUUUGGGCACUGAUCCCCCCCCCAUUUCCUAGCCAGGUUUCAAACCUCUCUGGAUGUCCUUCUAAUGGUACCCCAAACCCUUCAGCCCCACCCACCCUUUCUCCUUCCUCCGAGGAGCCCAGCAAUAGACACCUCUGCAUAGAGACUUUAUUUAAUGCCACAAACCUUCCUCCACUCAUCCCACAUCUCCCCCCUCUCAUCYCACAUCCCUAAGCACCCCCUUCAUCCCACUUCCCAUCUUCCUCUCCCCUUGAAGAAAUCUUGGGUUGAAAAAGGCCGAGCACCCUAUAGGAGCAGCUUUGGGGAGAAAUGUUGGGAUCCGCCAUGUCAAAAGAGGUUCACUUCCCAAAUCAUGAUAAUGAUGAUGAUGGAGAUGGUGAUGAUGAUGAUAAAGAGACUGGAAUUGCCUCUCCCUAUGAAAAUGCUGUCCCUUUGUACCCCCAUCCUUCCUUCCCUCCUUCCUUCCUUCCUCCUUUCCUUCCUUCCUUCCUUCCUUCCUUCCUUCCUUCCUCUCACUCCCACCUUCCUCACCUCCAAGCUAUGUCUACCUAAAUAUAGCAUUUUCCAGAGUGAACUAAUUGUAUUUAAAAAAAACACUACCUGGGGUCAUUAUGCAUACUACAAACUGUGACAGUUCCUGUGUGAAUAUUUUUAGCUGUAUUUGUGGUCUCUGUAUUUAUAUUUAUGUUUAGCACUGUAAUGUUUCAAAACAGUAUAAAAGUGAAUGGCAUUCUAUAGCAAGUAGAACAACAUUUUAAAAUAAUAAUAAUAAUAAAUCUUGUGUUAACACUCUCUCUAACAUCAUGUAUAAAGGUCACGUCCAGAGGACUAUGGUUGAGUAUUUAAUAAAAACUGGAUAUUAUUUUUAAAA